CAAUACUAUUUCUUUCCAAUUUAAGCCUAACAAAAAUGGCAACAUCAAAAUGCAUUAUCCAAUUUCCUAUUUUAUUCAUAAUAUUAUCAUGUUUGAUUGCAGUAUCAUGUGCAGCAAACAACGAAGAGCCCUUGAUUAAGCGCGAAUGCGGUUACACAAGAUAUCCGACAUUGUGUGUCCAAACCUUGACAGCCACGAACGAUCAAAACAUCGAUUUGUUGUCCGCACUCGUUAACAAGACUAUUCACGAGACAAAUCUCCCUCUUUCCUAUUUCGACAGCCUUAUUAUCAACUCCCGUCUCAACUCUCCUGCCGCUCAACCUAUCCGAACAGCUAUCGAUGAUUGUGACGAACUCAUGAAAAUGUCACUAAAACGACUGAACCAAGCAAUGGAACUGCUCCAAAAAUCACCAAAAAAUCACAAAGCCGACAUCCAAACAUGGCUUAGUGCAGCUCUCACAUUCCAGCAAACUUGCAAGGACACGAUGGAGGAACACGUGGCAUCAAAUGCCUACGUGGGAAAAAUAUACAAUAAAAUGGAUUAUCUUUCCGAACUGAUCAGCAACCCGUUAGCCCUGGUGAACCGGAUCACCGGAAACCCUAGCGAAUCUCCGGCGGGCCGCCGCAGUCUUCUCCAAUUUCCGGCGUGGGUAUCUGCCGGAGACAGGAAGUUGCUUCAGAGCACGGGAGCAGUAAAAGCAAGCGCCGUCGUCGCAAAAGACGGGAGUGGCGAUUUCACAACGGUUUCGGGUGCAAUCCAGGCGGCAACGGGUGGCCGUUUCGUAAUAUAUGUGAAAUCUGGUACUUAUAACGAGAAGAUUAACACUAAUAAAGAUGGGAUUACGUUAAUCGGCGACGGAAAAUACUCCACUGUCAUCUCCGGCGGUAGUAGUGUUGGCAAGGGCUCUAACCUACGUGGAUCUGCAACUUUCACAAUAACGGGAGAUGGAUUCAUAGCGAGGGAUAUCGGAUUCCAAAACACGGCGGGGCCGGAAAACCACCAAGCAAUCGCGUUAACCGUCGCCUCCGAUCAUUCCGUGGUGUACAGAUGCAGUAUCUCGGGUUAUCAGGACACGCUGUACGCCCUUUCCCUCCGUCAAUUCUACCGUGAGUGCGAUAUCUACGGCACCGUGGACUUCAUAUUCGGGAACGCCGCCGCCGUGUUCCAGAGCUGCACGCUGGUGCUGCGCCGCCCGCGCAACGGCGGCGCGUUCAACACCAUCCUGGCGAACGGGCGGUCCGACCCGGGGCAGAACACGGGGUUCUCGGUGCAGAACUGUAAGAUCACGGUGGGGGCGGAUUUCUCGCCGGUGAAGAGCUCGUACGACUCGUACCUGGGGCGGCCGUGGAAGCAGUACUCGAGGGCGGUGGUGAUGCAGACGAACAUCGACGGCGAGAUUUCGAGCCGUGGGUGGGCCGAGUGGGAGGGAGCCGCCGGUUCAACAUACAGGACGCUGUAUUUUGCUGAGUAUGAAAAUAUGGGCCCCGGCGGCGCGACUUCCGGCAGGGUGAACUGGCCGGGAUUUGAAGUAAUUGGCACGGCGGAGGCUGCGAAAUUUACGGUGUCUAAUUUCAUUGGUGGGAAUUCGUGGUUGCCUUCCACCGGUGUCACUUUCGUCUCUGGCCUAUAACA